GAUUAUGCCCAUUGUAUUGUUGAUUCUUUGGAAAAUAUCACUCAUUCGCUUUGCACCCUGGAGUUUGAAACCCGCCGUGCAUCAUAUUACUGGUUACUGGAUGCACUAGGCCUUUACCAGCCUUUUGUUUGGGAGUACUCACGGUUGAAUGUGUCAAAUACUGUGAUGUCAAAGCGUAAAUUGAACCGUCUUGUAACAGAGAAAUGGGUUGACAGCUGGGAUGAUCCUCGUCUCAUGACAUUAGCAGGAUUGCGACGUAGAGGGGUAACUUCAACAGCAAUUAAUGCUUUUGUUCGUGGGAUUGGAAUAACUAGAAGUGACUGUAGUAUGAUACACCUUAGUCGCCUCGAAUACCAUAUAAGAGAAGAACUAAAUAAAACAGCUCCUAGAACAAUGGUUGUGCUAAAUCCCCUUAAGGUUGUCAUCACAAACCUUGAAGCUGGCUUAGUAACGGAUCUAGAUGCAAAGAAAUGGCCUGAAGCUCCAGCUAACGAUGCUUCGUCAUUUUAUAAGGUCCCCUUUUCUAGAGUUGUGUACAUUGAACGUACAGAUUUUAGAUUAAAAGAUUCUAAAGAUUAUUUUGGCCUUGCUCCUGGAAAAUGUGUCUUACUAAGGUAUGCAUACCCGAUAAAAUGUACAGAUGUAAUUCUUGCUGAUGACAAAGAGACGGUUCUUGAGAUUCGGGCAGAGUAUGAUCCGUCCAAGACGACCAAGCCUAAGGGUGUUCUUCAUUGGGUUGCAGAACCUUCACCCGGGGUUGAUCCACUUAAGGUGGAGGUCCGGCUAUUUGACAGGCUCUUCCUCUCCGAGAAUCCCGCCGAACUCGAAGACUGGCUUGGUGAUUUGAACCCUGAGUCUAAAGUGGUGAUACAAAAUGCUUAUGCUGUGCCCUUAGUUAGGACGGCUGCUCUUGGAGACAGAUUUCAGUUUGAAAGGCUCGGGUAUUUUGCUGUUGACCAGGAUUCCACUUCUGAGAAACUGGUCUUCAAUCGGACUGUCACGCUGCGUGAUAGCUAUGCCAAGGGUGGAAAAUGAAGCUUUAUGAAGAAAUGGAAGUGAAAUGGCAGUGUGUGAUCGAGUGAGAUUAACUAAUGCAUUUUUCUUGAUAUUUACGUGUACAAAUAGACAUUUUCAAGAAUGAACAUUUUUGGUAUUCCGGGAAUACACCCAAGUUUAGAUCUCGUACAAAUCAUCGUUGCUUAAAAAAGACAAUAAAGUUUUGGUAGCUCAAUUUUGUUACUCUCCCGUGAA